UCAAAUUUCUCCAAUAAUCCAAUUAUACCCCUUGCUUUCACGACCCCCCAGCUCGUAUUACUUAGCGGGAUACCGCGUCGCAAACGCGCCAGGCAAACGUCCCUCCUUUCCAUCAUCACCAGCUUCAAUAAACACCACACGCCACCAAUUUCGAGUUUCGACUUUCAAUAGACCAUCAACGCAUUCGAGAUGUCUGCCUCUCUCUUCCGUCGCAACGCCGCCCUCGGCGCCCGCCGUGCCUUCAGCACCACCGCCCCUCGCCCCGUCGCCAAGAUCUCCAUCAUUGGCAACCUGGCCGACACCCCCGAGCUACAGGAGACGUCCUCCGGUCGUGAGAUCAUCCGCUACGCCGUCGCCUCCAACUCGGGAUCCAAGAACAACCGUCAGACAUCGUGGUUCCGCGUGGCGAGCUUUGCCGAGGGUCCCUCGCGCGACUACCUCCUCGCGCUCCCCAAGGGCAGCAUGGUCUUUGUCGAGGGUGACGCGAGCAUGAGCACCUACGAGGAUGCCGAGAGCGGCAAGACGAGGAGCAGCCUGAACAUUCUGCAGCGCUCUAUUGAUGUGCUCAAGCGCCCUCACCAGGUCCCUGAGGAAUCCCAGUAAUGGGCAUACAUACAAUGAUAGGACAUUUGUAAUGACCACAUCUCCGCUAUCUCUGGAAGACAUCUUUCUCUUUGUUGGUAGGAUUGCUGUACUAUUACUGCGUGGAGGAAGCG